AUGGCUUACAAAAGGCAUAAAAAUUAUGUUAAUAACCUUAUCAAAUCCACAAAAGCAGAGUAUUUCAAAACAAAACUUGGAAACACUAAGAACAGCUACGAUAGCUGGCAGACAAUAAAUAGCUUAUUAAACAAGAAAUCUAAAACUACAGAAGUAAAUCAGUUAAAAAUGGAUAAUCGUGUUAUUACGGGAGAUCAAAAUAUUGCGGCUUGUUUCAAUGACUAUUUUGCUACAAUUGGGUCUAAACUCGCUGAAAAUAUCACCGAGAAUGGCGCCGAUCCCUUGCGACUUGUAUCUCCUAUUAAAAAUGAUUUUUGCUUCAAAAACAUCAAUGCCUCUGAACUGUCCGACACUCUUGCUCAAAUUAAGACUAAAAAAUCACCAGGAAUCGAUG